AUGAGGCCUUUCCUCAAGCUGCCGUUGUCAUUUUUUCCCAGCUUUUCUCUCCCGGCGGAAGGCAAAGCAAAGGCCAAGGCUGCCAGCACCAGCUCCGCGCAGGAGAAGGCGGCCGAAGGAGAGCUCGGGAGCAGCAAAGAGGGCCAUGCUGGCAAGCUCCUGCAGAGCCGCGAGGAGCUUCCUCGGCCCGUGCUGCCAAGGUUGGGGGCAGGCCCGAGGCAGCAAAAGGCACCGGAGACGACUGCUGCCAGUCCGCUCGCAGCAGGCGCAGGCAGCUCCCCCAGGACGAAGCAGCCCAGCAAGGAGAAACCAGCUGCUGCAGCCAGGUCCACAGCUGCACCCACUGUUCCUGUGGGCUGUAGGAGACUCUUGCAGGAAACCAUGGAGAUGUCUGCGCAGUGGGACCAAAGGCAGAGCCUGGCCUCCUUGUACCAGGAGCGGCAAAAAAAAGCGCAGGCAGAAUGGGCUGCGUGGGAAGCCUGCUUUGCAGGGCAGGCUCAAGAGCUGGCCCAGUUGGCCUCUGAGGAAAGCCUGAGCCCCAAGGAAGAGUCUUCCAGGCUUGUGGGGCCUGCGGUGCUGGCUGCAAUUGACGGGAAGAGCAGCGUACCCGUCAGCGGAGGACAUGUGGAGCUGGGCAGUGAGGAGACUUGGGCUCCCCAUCCUCCCGCGGAGCCCAGAAGAAAGGAGACCAAGCGGAGGUGGAGAACAGCUGUGAACCCUCCACCAGUGGAUGAGGAGAGUGCAGCGGCCAUGCUGCAGCCAAUCCAGCCCAAGUAA